AUGGAUAUAGAGAAGAGAAACAGUGUAUCUUCUGCAGGCCAUGAGUUGAGUUAUCCUAAACUAAGUGAUAGCCUUGAAAAGCUUUUGCUUGAUGCUGAGUUUGACUACAGUGAUGCAGAGUUUGUUGUGGAAGGAACUUCUGUAGGUGUAAAUCGCUGUAUCUUGGCUUCACGCAGUCCAUUUUUCCAUGAAUUGUUUAAGAAGGGUAAAGAUGCUUGCUCUGCAAAUGAAAGUAAUCCAAAAUAUGUCAUAGAAGAACUGGUACCUCAUGGCAAGAUAGGAUAUGAAGCAUUUAUGGUUUUCUUGAAUUAUGUUUAUACUGGAAAGCUCAUUCCUUCGCCACCAGAGGUUUCGACAUGCGUUGAUGAGUCUUGCGCUCAUGAUGCGUGUGGCCCUGCAAUUAACUAUGCGGUGGAGCUCAUGUAUGCUUCUGCAACGUUUCAGAUGAAUGAACUUGUUUCGGUUGUUCAGCGUCAGCUUCUCAACUUUGUGGAUAAGGCUUUUGAGGAAGAUGUAAUUCCAAUAACUAUAGUAGCCUUCCACUGCCAGCUGAACCAGCUCCUUUCACACAGUAUCCAGAGAGUAGCACAGUCAGAUCUAGAUAAUCUCACUCUUGAGAAGGAGCUUCCACAUGAAGUUCUGACUGAUAUCAAAUCCUUUAGGAUACAGUAUGACCAAGACCUGAAACAUGACACUUGUGAAGUGAAUUUCAUCGCUGACAAGAGAAUCAGAAGGAUACACAAAGCACUGGACUCUGAUGAUGUAGAAUUGUUAAGAUUACUUUUGGAUGAAUCUGAUAUCACCUUGGAUGAUGCUUUUGCUCUUCAUUAUGCUGCUGCCUAUUGCAAUCCUAAGGUGGUCACUGAGGUGCUCAGUCUGGGUAAUGCUAAUCUCAAUCUUAGGAAUUCUCGAGGAUAUACUGUACUUCAUGUAGCAGCUAGGCGCAAGGAACCGUCAGUAAUUGUGGGCCUACUGAACAAGGGAGCAUGUGUCUCAGAUUCUACAGUUGAUGGACGAACAUCAAUUACUAGUUGCAGGAGGUUGACUAGGCCUAAGGAUUACAAUGAAUCAAUGGAACAGGGAAAAGAGGCUAAUAAAGACAAAUUAUGCAUUGAUGUCUUGAAGAGAGAAAUGCUUAGAAAUCCACUUGCUGGUAAUAUGUCUAUGUCACCAAUGAUGGUGGCAGAUGAUUUAACUAUGAGGCUGCUGCUCGUCGAAAAUGGAGUUUCCGUUAUACGAGCAUUACUUCCCUGUGAAGUCAAGCUAGCAAUGGAGAUAGCAGAUACAGAUUCAUCCUCAGAGUUUUGCACCUUUCCAGCAUCCAGCACCUUGUGCAGAAACUUGAAAAUGGUCAACUUGAACAAAAGUCCAUUGGAGCAAGAAAAACGACUUCAAGCUCAGUUACAAGCCUUGCGAAAAGCAGUGGAGAAGGGUCGCAGAUUUUAUCCCAGUUGUUGUGAAGUUCUUGGCAGAUUUCUGGACAAUGAUGCAGAGGAUGUAAGAAUCGAGGAAAUUAAGGAGGAGGUCACUAAGGCACUUGAGACAGACAAAUCUAGAAUUCACUCAACAGACUUUUCCACACCUUCACCAAGUGAAACUGAUACUGACUUCUUGUUGGAGAAGGCCAGAAAGCUGCUAAAAGGAAAUAAUGUUUCUAGUAAAAGACAGACCAUGGGACUCGAUGAGGCAAUGAUGGUAUUCAAUAACAUUGAUAAAGAUAGGAAUUUCUCAUCAUCAUCAUCUUCUGGCUCAAUAUCUAGUGUGAAUCAAGGUGUUGGCCUUGGGAAAAGAUCAUUCUGCUAAAUUUGGUUCUUAAUGAGCAUGGGAACAUUCAUUGCCUUCUGUUUCAAGCUCAAAUGCAGCCUAUGGCUUACUGAAAUCAAG